AUGAGCGGGGUAGAGGCGUCCACCCACACACGCCAGACCCGCGAGCACACUCCGGGACAGUCAGCAGCUACCCUGCGGCUGGUUGGAGACGGCAGCUCCGCAGGGCAGUCCAACCAAGCCCGGGAAACAGGCGCGGCAGCAGAGCAAGACCUUCAACCAUACGGCCCCCAGCCCCCAGAGUUCGAUCCCACGGUCAACGAUCAUCCUCUUCACCCCAACCCUCGCCCGCAGCCGGACUGGUGGCCUACGAAUUGGCGCGGCAUUCCGGCAUACAGACAGGUGAAUCGAGAUCUCGACCUGUCGGUCCGCAGCCAGGGAUUCCCGUACAACAUUCCCUCCUCCCCUGAGCUUGGUGUAGCUGACUGGACGCAGACCGGUGGACAGCUAUGGAGAUACACGGCUCAGCAGAUCGUGCCAGGCUGGGGUGAAUACCCUGUAGGAGGUGAAUUUUAG